CUUCCCUCACGUCACCCGUCUCAACUCAACAGUUCCCCCGGCCCCUUCAAGUCAUGAUUUUAUGAUGAUAUGUGUUCAUACUCAGAAGAAAUGGAGGGAACGAUUUAAGAAAAACAUUCGAAAUCUCCGAUCGAUGCGGUUAUGUGCUGAUGAGUACCGUCUCAGUCUGAUUAUUGUCUUCAUUAUUUUAUUCUUUGGUGCCUAUUUCCUCUAUCAAGUUCAAUAUAAGACUGGCAUCGAUUUGAUUCCGUUGUUUCCGAUUGAUGAUAGCGGUUUUGAAAACUACAAUGAACAGCUCCUCGGCUCGGUGAAAGUUUCCGAAAGUGCAAGAAACCAGGCGAAAAGUGGAUCCCUUCUGUGUUGGGCAAUGACAACCUCAAUAUAUCACAAGACACGAGUACCAGCGAUAACAGAAACAUGGCUUCGUAGAUGCGAUGCUGGUCAUCUGUUCACUAAUUCGGACAGGUUUCUCAAUGCUUCUACACCAUACCACACCGUUUUCGAUGGGCUACCUGAGAGCUAUUAUAAAUUGUUUUGGAAGACUCGACUGGCUCUUUUGUAUAUUUAUAAAUAUGUGUCAAAGGAUUUCGAUUGGUACUUCAAGGGUGACGAUGACACGUAUUUAAUUGUCGAAAACUUGCAAAGAUAUCUGGCCACUUUGGAUCCAAACAAGCCGUACUUUAUCGGAUAUCGGUUGAGUAGGCGGACGGAAACGGGAUACAAUGCGGGAGGAAGUGGCUAUGUGAUGAGUCGAGAAGCGAUGCGGAUAUUCGCAGAAAAACUGUUCAAUGACAAGCAAAAAUGCCCUUACCACGAAUGGGAAGACUAUGCAAUAGCGCAAUGUCUGGCAUCCGUGGGUAUUGUUCCAUUGGACAGUCGAGAUGAGAAGGGUAGGCAGAGAUUUCUUCCGUGGAGACCUGAACAACAUUUUUAUGCUGAUUUGACGAGAAGCUUUCAGAUGGAUCCUAUACAAGUUUGGGGCCCCGCGAUCUAUCACGAAAACUUGAUCAGCAUGCAUCAUUUGCAUCCAGAUGAAAUCCGCCUCAUCGAUGGAUUACUGUACUCAAUUGCACGUGGAAUUUGGAGACAAGAUGAUUUGGAAGAUGUCAGAAAUGAGACAACAACUGUCUCAACGUCAAUGGACGAUACACUUCCACCGCCAACUUGAACCAAAUUCCGUUAAUCAGACACACUUUUUCCCCACUGUUCUCAUACUUCUAGUCAUUUCUUCAACCCGUUUUUGUCUUUCUUCUCACGUGAUAUAAAUAGCCUUAUAAU